AGGAAAUCAUUAUUCAAAACAAAAGUUUAUUUGCAAUAAAAAUUAUCAAGUUUAUUGUUUAUUGGAGUGAAUGUCUGUUGUCGUUUAUGUUUUUGGUAGUUAUUGUUUUCAUGUAGUACAACUGACUUCAGUUUUAAUCCGUACGCGCAGCUUAUCACAAACUCUUGACUUUUUUUACGAAAAUAUAAUGUCAGUGCAAUCAAUCGAUACUGUGAGCUCUUGUGAAAUUGUCGGCAGUGACUAUGAAAUGCUUAAACCACAAAGUCCAAAUCUGUCAAGUAAAUCUGAAGUCAUCUGUUCCUUCUCCUUUAAAGAACCUGUUCCUGGAACUGCUUUUAUAAUAACUGGUGUUGUGCUUAAAUCAUGUGAGAGAUUCUCAAUCAAUUUAUUGACAGCUUCAAGCAAGCAAGAUGUUGCUCUUCACUUUAAUCCACGUCUUCCACAGAAUUACAUUGUUAGAAACUCGAAAAUUUCAGGCCAUUGGGGUGAAGAAGAAACUUGGAGUCAAUUUUCAGCACGUUACGACUUAUUUCGUGGUCAUAGGUUUUCAAUUGAGAUCUUAAUUACUGAUCAUGAAAUCCUAAUGGGUGUUAAUGGUAAACAUUUCGGUGCUUUCGCACAUCGACUUCCUUUCCGAAAAAUCAAUGCAAUUGAAGUCAAGGGCGAUGUGAAGGAAGUUGCUAUUGAUCAAAUGUAUCGCGAUACUUAUCCUCAAGUGCCAAUAGAAAAUAUUCCAUCCGAAGAACCAUCAAAAGAUGUCAAGUUUAAAAUUGUCCCUUACAUUGCGAAAAUUUCUGGAGGGUUCACAAGGAACAAAAUAAUUCAUAUUUAUGCGAAGGUGAAAAUGCUACCUCACUCGAUAACGAUCAAUCUUCAACAAACACCUUAUUUCUGGCCACAUCCAGUAAUUCCACUUCAUAUUAAUCCCAGAUUCAGUAAUCAAGGUGGACGUCACAUUAUUUGCAGAAAUUCCUGGGCAAAUGGACGUUGGAUGAAAGAAGAAAGGACAGAUUUGAUGGCACAUGACUUGUCGCCAGGAAAGUUUUUUAAAAUGUCAAUUGAACGUCGCUUCGAUGAUUACGCAAUUCAAGUAAAUGGUAAACUUUUCGCCGAAUAUUCUUUUCGAUGUGAUGCAAACAUUGUUGAUACAAUUAAUAUCUUUGGUGACAUUUGUUUAAAGAAAAUUUGGAUCGAAGAGAAGACAUUUAAUUGAGAUAUAUUUCUUAUGAAUUUAUAAUACAAAUUGCAAGUUGCAAAGUUGCAACAAAUAUUUUAUUACAAUUAUUAUAAUGCUAUAAAAUUUAUUAAACAGUUUGUCACCUUCGCUUGUAAAUUUCCGAAUAAUAACAAUCUUGAAUAUUAUUAUAAACAACUUACUAAUGUGUAUUGAAAGUUGAACUAUUCUCAAUAAAAAUUAAAACUUUCCGAUAUAAAAGCAAACUACAAAAAUG